CCAAGAGUUGGAAAAGAAAGGAGCAGCUAGGUCAUGGAUUGAAAACUUCUCCGAACUUGGACACGUAUGCACAGUACCUGUGAUGGCAACUACAGCUCCAAGUUCUUGGUCCCAGAGAAUCUCGGCGUUUAUACAUAGUCCGUCUCAGUUUCUGUCAAGCACUACAUCCGACUGUUUUCUGGCGGAACUCCUCCACGAAUUAAGAGAUGACAGGAUUAAUGAGAGUACCAAGGUCCUCUUGCUGUCCAUCCUGCAAGAGUACCCCAAUGUCCUCUGUCCCAGUGCCACUGUGGGAGAGGAGACGACCCUUGACCUCAUGGCCAUUUUCACCCAGGCUCCUGUACGGUCCAUGAAUCUCAAAUGCCACCUGAUGUUGGCCACCGCUAACAUCUUGGUGUGCACGUCGUGCAUGGACAGCCAGGCAAAGGUGGCCGAGAGCUUUCUAGACCUUCUGCUUCUGACCAUCCAGGACACGAAUGAUCACAAAGACGGGCAGGUUUUCCAUCCUCUCAGGGCUGUUGCCUGUGACUGCCUCCGGGAGAUGGAGACCUGUUUCCCGGGCCUGCUGUCUCAAAAGCUAGAGCUACUGUACCUCUUGAAACAGCAGGAGACGACACCCCUGCACCAGGCGUAUUGUGUCUUGUACACACUGGGGCUGAAGAACGCCAUUCACCUCUUGGCUCUGCAGAACGAGGUUGCUGACGGGGAGCUGAAGAGUAUUUUGGCGGGGAAUGAGGGGUUUGCAUGGAAGGUUGUCGAAAAUCCCCUGCCUCCAUUCCCAGUCAGCUCCAUGGGGGAGAUCCCUCUCCUGCAGAUGAGUGCGGACAGCAAGGAGCUGAGGUCCAUUGUGUCUUUGCUUCUGGAGGAGUCCUACUUGCUGACCCCUGCGUCCCAGGCCACCUUGCUCCGAGAGCUCGUCGAGGUCGUGGCCAUGGUUCAGGCUCUUUCCCCCUCUAUCUUCAAGUCUCAGCUCCUGCGGCUCUUCGGGACGGUGGAGACCACCCUCCUGCACGCCACAUUGCUGAUGAAGGCCACCUUCACAGACAGCCUCUUCACCACAGAGGAUGAGAACUUCUUCAUUAAGAGGCUCGUGGGCAUGGCCCAGCACCCACAGCUGAGCAACCCUCAGAAGCUCUUUUACAUGGACUGCAUCCUCCAUUUCCCGGAGAACCGCCCCAUCUCUAGUAAUGGAGACGAGAGCCUUCCAGUGCUGGUCACACCUCGUCUGGCUGUCUCACUGCUACCCACGGUGUUCAACGACAGCAGCACCAUGCUCUGCAGAAUGAGCCUCCUCAGCCUGGUGUACAUGGAGGCAGAUGAGGAAGACGACAAAGGGGUCAGCUACCUGUUUGACCACCUGAUGGCACUCCACAGAAUCGUGGACAACCAUGGCACAAGAGAAAUGACUGUUACCUUUUUCAGAGCUGUUUUCACUUUCCUCAACUAUUUUUACCACUCAGAGAAGUUCACAAAUGACCUGACAACAAGACUUUGUGAGCUCUAUUCGAGGCACUGUUAUCUAGCACCCAAUGUGAACAACAUGAUAGAUCGUGCCCAGGAAUGUUUGGGAGAUUCGGGGUGGCCAAUCCAGUUGCUUAAAGCUUUGCAAAAACUGAUUGUAGAAUUGCCAUUGCCUCAGCUCACUCUCCAGAACCUCAACUGGCACUUUAAAGUUUUGGGCAGGGUGGCCAGAGAAAGUCAGGUUCCUCAGAGGAGCUCUGUGUGCUUUCUGCUCAGUGUCCUCAUCAACUCCAGCCUGUGCACUGCCGGAGGGUGGCGAAUGGGCAACGCGGUUCUCGCUGUCUGUCGGAAUUUGCUCCAGCACCCCUGCUUGGACCAGGUGUUCAUUGAGCUGGCAGAUCUCCUGCAGUACAUGAUGCACCACUAUGAGGACACAGACAUUCAAGACCACGCAAGAUUCUACUACACCCUUCUAACUAACCUGUCUUUAGAAAAGCUCUCUGGGGUCCUGGCAAAGGGGCCAGAUAUAGGCCCAGCUAAGGUGAGGUCUCUGUCCUCUAUCAUGGCAGAGAGUGAAGGGCUGUCCAGCAACUUGACGGUGCACCAAAUGAAACACCCAGUGCUGCAGCUGGUAAAGUUCCAGGAUAGUGCGAAGCAGGAGAUGUCGCAGGAGGGGAGAUCCAAGACCCUUGAAGGUGAGGAGAUGCUAAGGGUUUACCAGGAACAGUUUCUCAGCCCUGGUUUUGCCUCUGAGGUGAUCCUGAAAUACUGUUUGACACAUGUGGGUGAUGUGGAAGCCCCAUAUCACAAGCUCUUCAGCAUCUGUCUUCAUUUUGACCUGACUGAUUCUAAUUAUGAAGAGGUGAGAGACAUUAAUGUGCCCUGCCUGUUCAAGGCCAGGAAGCCCCCAGUUGUACAUCUCAAACUGAAGCCUCGCCAGCCGUACCCCACGCGUCUCCGUGCCAGUGCCGUGUUCACCACUGAGGACGGGAUGUCUUGGUAUACCCAGCUGGCAGACGUCUCUGUGUCUUUCCCAGACAUAUUUCUUCCAAUGCCUGUCACCAUGGAUUGGUCCCAGGAGAGCAGGGAACAGUUGUUUGACCACAUCUGGAAAUCCACAUGCUCAGAGGAAUCCAGUCAGUCUGCCACCAGCCUGUUCUGUUUCGAGGUUGGGGACAGGCGUCUCUGUGACCUGGUUGAGUCGAACUUUCACCCCUGCCUGAUCUCCAAACAGCCCGAUCAGGAGUCAUACAAGGUCUUGUUUUUCCUUCCACCCCAGUGUCACGUGCUGCUGCACAUCAUAGGUGCAGAGGAUGCCAUUCAAGUCAGCAUUGUCACAGACAACUGGAAGCUUUUGCCUUACAUAAACUCUUACUUGCAUGAUGUCACGAAUGGGACACAGAAAGGAGGAGGAAACCAAAUGGAAGUGCCUGAUUCUAGAACAGACAGUUGA